AUGACAGAAGUAAUAGCACAAUUAUCACCGCCUCGGACUAGCAAAUUUAGAUGUUUACGAAAUGGUUGCUGUGAUGAGCAUGAAUGGUGUCGUUUUUGGGCAUCAAUUGGAGAAUGUACAGCAAAUCCGGAUUGGAUGAGUAUUAAUUGCCAGUUGGCCUGCAACACAUGUGGUGCAAUUUUUCAAGGACUGAACAAGAAAAGGUAG